AUGAGCAAAAUCUCAUCAUCUGCAGCUGUUACCAUGGCCCCCAAAGUCGGUGAUAUUGAAGUAGCCUACACGAGCUCCAACCCCAACUUCCAUCAUUGGUGGAUCGACCUGGAGCCUUCUAGGCGCGUCUUACCUAAGGGAUGGAAACGCGAUCCAGAUCGACUCGCAUUGAAAGAAAGCCUGAUCUGGGAAAAAGAUGUCGAGAUUCCAAUGCGCGAUGGGGUUAAACUGCGAGCCGACGUAUUCCGACCAGCUCGGCUUGAUGGCCAAAGGCUUCCAGCCCUGCUACCUUGGUCUCCUUACGGAAAAACCGGAUCUGGCCACCAUCAGACAACAGAGUUUACAUGGUUAGGAGUUCCGAAAAGCUCCUUGAGUGGUUUGGAAAAGUUUGAAGCUCCCGACCCGGCAGAAUGGUGCCCUAGGGGAUAUGUGAUCGUUCAACCAGACGCCCGUGGUUGUUAUCACUCAGAAGGUGACAUUGCUAUCUUUGGAACACAGGAAGGUCGAGACGGAUAUGAUACCGUCGAGUGGAUUGCUAAACAGGAUUGGUGUAACGAAUCAGUUGCGCUUGUCGGUAACUCUUGGCUAGCAAUGACCCAAUGGCUUAUUGCUGCGGAACGCCCUCCUCAUCUGAAAGCAAUUGCUCCAUGGGAGGGAAUCGGAGACUUCUAUCGUGAAAGCAUCUGUCGAGGUGGUAUUCCCAAUUACAAGUUCUGGGACCUGCUUAUGCAGGAGUUCAACGGCAAGACUCGGCGAGAAGAUGUCGUUGCAAUGAUUGAGAAGUACCCUCUGAUGAACAAAUAUUGGGAGGAUAAAAAGCCAAACCUUCAAAACAUCGACAUCCCAAUAGGCUGGAAAUACUCUAAUUCAAAGGACAAGUGGCUGAGGAUCCAUCCAACCCAGGAGUGGUUCGACAUUUACACGCCGGAAGCGAACGAUGAUCUACAGAGAUUCCUUGAUCAUUAUCUUCUCGGUACCGAAAAUGGAUGGGAAAAUACGCCAAAGGUCAGACUAUCACUUCUCAGAUACAAUGCUCCUCCGAUAUCGUUCCGGGCAGAGGACAACUACCCUCCAAGCCGUACCCAGUACCAGAAGUUCUACCUGAAUGCCUCAAACGGAAGGUUAGAGGAGAAAGCUGUUGCGAUUGACGGGUCAAUCUCAUAUCAGUCAGAUUCCUGGCAGGACGAUGGUGCUCAUUUUACAGUCACCUUUGACCGAUACACCGAGCUUUGUGGAUUCUCGAAAGCAAAGUUAUUCAUGUCAUGCUUAGAUGCAGAUGACAUGGAUGUGUAUGUGAUUAUCAGGAAACUUGACCGAGACGGAAAAGCCCUGCUUAACCACAACAUUCCUUUUAUUAACCAAAAGCCUGGGACUAAACUCGGUGACAUCCCCGAUGAAAACAUUUAUAAGUACGUGGGACCUAGCGGAAGACUUCGAGCAUCAAAACGCGAGACUGGAGAAGACCCUGGCCUUACGGAGGAGAUGCGAGCAAGAAAGGACCCGACAGAACUUUGGUACCCUCAUUACAAAUCCGACAAAAUACCUCUAGGGGAGGUUGCUGAGCUCGAUAUCGCCAUUUGGCCAGGUGGGAUUGUUUUCGAGGCUGGUGAAUCGUUGCGGUUUGAGAUCAAAGGUCACGAUCCUAUUCUGCCUGAGUAUCCUCCUCUGUUCCAAAGUCUCACAAAUCUGAAUGUUGGAAAGCAUAUUGUAUAUACAGGACCGAAGUACAAGAGCAGCUUGAUGUUGCCGCUCAUCAAGUAG